GGUAAUAGUUUCCCCGGAAGUACUUGUAUAGAAAGGUUAAAGGGUGGAUUUGAGAAUUUGGUUUGUAGUUCUGGCGUUUACCGUAUCGUUUAAGAGAAUGGAGAUUACCCGGAAAAAUUUUAAAGAAAGUUUAACAACCGUAUAUGAAGCAAUUGAAGAAGCAGAUUUUCUAGCAAUUGAUGGAGAGUUUUCAGGAAUCAGUGAUGGACCACCUGUCUGUACACUAACAAAUGGUCUCGAUACACCAGAAGAAAGGUAUCAGAAACUUAGAAAGCAUUCCAUGGACUUUUUGCUGUUUCAGUUUGGCCUUUGCACUUUUAAACAUCACCAUGCAGAAGCAAAGUACAUAAUGAAGUCUUUCAACUUUUAUGUUUUCCCAAAGCCUUUUAACAGGACGUCGCCUGAUAUUAAAUUUGUUUGUCAGAGUUCAAGCAUAGAUUUCCUAGCUAGCCAAGGCUUUGACUUCAAUAAAGUCUUCAGGGAUGGGGUACCAUACUUGAACCGGGAAGAGGAGCGACAGUUGCGAGAGCAAUAUGAGGAAAAAUUAUCACAAGCCAAUGGUGCAGGCACACCAUCUUUUAUUUCACCUAACACAGCCAAGGGCCCAGUAGUAGUUCCAGAGGAACACAAAGUAUUUAUUGAUAAAGUUGUGCCUACUUCAACACAUCAAAAGCCCACAAUAUCGAAGACCAAAUCAUGGAGAGAAAAGUAUCGAAACCUCACUUCAUUUAACAACCGGAUCGUCGAAUCUAUUCCCAUAAAAGAUCGAUACAUUGUCAUCAGUAGAGCUGAUGAAGAAGAACGCAAAAGAAGAGAACAACAAAAGCAGGCCAAGGAGCAGGUGCGAUCUCAAGAAAGAGUCUCUGCAGCACUUUGGGAAGAACUGAAUGAUGCUGUUGGCUUUUCCAGAAUAAUUCAUGCAAUUUCCAAAUCUGCUAAACUUGUUGUAGGACAUAACAUGCUGCUGGACAUAAUGCAUACGAUACACCAGUUUUACUGCCCCUUGCCGGAAGUAAGUAACUCCUCAGCCCAAGUAAGCAUUUGCAUAUAUACAAGGAUUCUGGAUACCAAGUUAAUGGCAAGCACGCAGCCUUUUAAAGAAAUUAUUAAUAACACAUCCCUCGCAGACCUGGAAAAACGAUUAAAAGAAUCACCAUUUCAUCCUCCAGUAGUUGAAAGUGCAGAAGGCUUUCCACGUUAUGACACUGCAGCAGAACAACUUCAUGAAGCUGGCUAUGAUGCCUAUAUAACUGGCCUGUGCUUCAUCUCAAUGGCUAACUAUCUAGGUUCUUUUCUAACGCCUCCAAAACUACGUGUGUCUUCCCGAUCCAAGAUUGUUGAACCAUUUUUUAACAAACUUUUUCUCAUGAGGGUUAUGGACAUCCCAUAUGUCAACCUGCAAGGACCAGACUUGCAACCAAAGAGAGAGAAUGUUCUACAUGUAUCCUUUCCCAAGGAGUGGAAGACCAGUGAUCUUUAUCAACUUUUUAGUGCCUUUGGUAACAUAUUGGUGUCUUGGAUAGAUGAUACAUCAGCUUUUGUAACCCUCACCCAGCCUGACCAGGUAAAAAUAGCUGUAAACACCAGCAGAUAUGCUGAAAGCUACAGAAUUCAAACCUAUGCUGAGUAUGUGGAAAAGAAACAAAAUUCUACACAUGCAAAGCGGAAGUGGGUUGAAGAUGGCUGGAAAGAGGUUGAAACAAAAAGGCUGAAAACUCAGUAUACAACAUAUGCAUCCCAAGAAUCCUUCAAUAAUGCAGUACACAGGUCUGUUUAA